UAUGCAACGGGAGCGCCCAGGCUCUCCCCUCCGCUCCGCUCCUCCCCCCUCCCCUCUCCGCCCAAAUCCAAAUCCAAAUCCAGGACCUGGGAUCGAUUCCAUUCCAUUCCACACCAAUGGAGACCUCCACCCCUCGUCGUGGCGAUGCUGCCUCCGCAUCCUCCUCCUCCCCGUACGUGUCCAUGUCCCCCUCCCCCUCCCACACGCCCCGCUCCUCCUCCUCCUCCUCCGCUGCCAAGCCCAAGCCCCCCCGGAACCAUAUGCAUCGGGGGCCACUUCUCCUCAACAACAGCCAAGACUCCAACAAGCCAGACAAGGGCGUCAACAUCCAGGUUCUCCUCAGAUGCAGGCCAUUGAGUGAGGAGGAACGGCGCCUCAACACUCCUGUUGUCAUCACUUGCAAUGACCAGAGGAGAGAGGUUUCUGUUGCGCAGAACAUCGCAAACAAGCAGAUUGACCGAACUUUUGUAUUUGACAAGGUGUUGGGACCAAAGUCUCGACAACAGGAUGUGUUCAACCACGCUGUUGUGCCACUUGUCAAUGAGGUCUUGGAUGGUUACAACUGCACAAUAUUUGCAUAUGGCCAAACUGGAACUGGAAAAACAUACACCAUGGAAGGAGGAGGAGGGGGCAAAGCCCAGAAUGGUGAGCUGCCAUCUGAUGCUGGUGUCAUUCCAAGGGCUGUUAAGCGCAUAUUUGAUAUCCUCGAGGCACAAAGUGCAGAAUACAGCAUGAAGGUUUCAUUUCUUGAAUUGUAUAACGAGGAGCUCACUGAUCUUUUAGCUCCGGAGGAGUCUAAAUCCUCUGAUGACAAGUCCAAGAAGCCGAUGGCGCUCAUGGAGGAUGGGAAGGGAGGAGUUUUUGUUAGGGGACUGGAGGAAGAAGUAGUUUCUUCAGCUGGUGAGAUCUACAAGAUACUAGAGAGAGGCUCUGCAAAGAGAAAAACGGCUGAAACUCUCCUCAACAAGCAAAGCAGUCGUUCACACUCUAUUUUCUCAAUCACCAUCCAUAUUAAGGAAUGCACACCGGAGGGUGAGGAAAUGAUCAAGUGUGGAAAGCUUAAUCUCGUUGAUCUUGCUGGAUCUGAAAACAUAUCUAGGUCCGGUGCUAGAGAUGGGCGAGCUCGCGAGGCAGGAGAAAUCAACAAGAGCCUGCUUACACUUGGGCGUGUCAUCAAUACUCUUGUUGAGCACUCUGGGCACAUACCAUACAGGGAUAGCAAGUUGACAAGAUUGUUAAGAGAUUCCUUGGGAGGGAAGACAAAGACUUGCAUCAUAGCAACCAUUGCACCUUCAGUACAUUGCCUUGAGGAGACAUUAAGCACUCUGGAUUACGCACAUCGUGCAAAACACAUAAAGAAUAAGCCAGAGGUCAAUCAGAAGAUGAUGAAAUCUGCACUCAUCAAAGAUUUGUACCUCGAAAUGGAUCGUCUCAAGCAAGAACUAUAUGCUGCAAGGGAGAAGAAUGGUGUUUAUAUUCCACGGGAACAAUACUUAGCAGAUGAAGCUGAAAAGAAGGCUCUGUCAGAGAAACUGGAUCGUUUGGAGCUUGUUUUGGAAUCAAAAGAUACGCAAUUAGAUGAGCUCCAAGGGCUGUAUGAAUCUCAGAAAGCUUCAAGUGCAGAUCUAAGUGAUAAACUUCAGAAACUACAGAAAAAGAUGCAUGAAACUGAGUCCACCCUAGUGGAUCUUGAAGAGAGAUACAUGCUGGCAAAUGAUACAAUUAAGGAGAAGCAAUAUUUGAUAGAAAAUCUUCUUAAAUCAGAAAAAGUUCUUGUUGGUGAAGCACAAGCACUCCGAUCUGAGCUGGAGAAUACAGCAGGCGAUCUAUCUGGGCUAUUUUCAAAAUUAGAAAGGAAGGACAAGAUUGAAGAUGCAAAUAAAAGUAUAGUUCAACAAUUCCAUUCUCAGCUAACUCAAGACAUGAGUCUCUUGCAUAGAACAGUUUCAACCUCGGUCUCACAACAGGAGAGCCAACUAAAAUCACUUGAAGAAGAGAUGGAAUCUUUUGUCUCCUCUAAGGGCAAGGUUGCCGGAGGACUUCAAGAGCAUGUAAGAGAGCUGAAAGAGAGCUUCAACUCUAGGAUAGCAGAAUUGCAUGGUUAUGCAAAUGAACUCAAGGUCAAAUCUCAGUUGAGCUUUGAAAAGCUUAAUUCACAAGCUAUCACACACACAUCUGGUCUUGAGGAUUGCUUGAAGGGCUUGUUGGUUGAUGCUGACCAAUUACUUAUUGAAUUACAAAAUGGGCUUUCUCAGCAAGAAGUGAACUUUGCUACAUUUGUUGAGCACCAGCAUGAGGGACUCUCUAGAAAUUUAGAGAGAACAAAGUCCGUUUCUGCAACUACAAUGACCUUCUUCCGAACUAUAGAUGCUCAUGCAUUGGAGCUCACAAAGAUUUUGGAAGAAUCACAGAUGGCACAUCAAAAGCAACUCUUCCAGCUUCAGAGAAAGUUUGAGGUCUUUGCAGCUGAUGAAGAGAAGUAUUUAAUGGAGAAGGUAGCCGGGUUACUGGCAGAAUCAAAUGCUAGAAAGAAAAAUAUGGUUCGAGAUGAUAUAUGCAGCCUUGAUAAGACUGCUUUUGAGCAUUCCAACAAUUUACAAGCUGAAACCAGCAAGCUUCAUGAUUUCUCAUCUUCUAUGAGAGAGCAAUGGGAAUCCUACAUGGAGAGAAGUGAAGAGGCAUUCUGCCAAAACGUCUCAUCUAUUGAACAGAAGAGAUGCUUCUUGGCAGAGAAUCUUCAACAAUGCAAGACAAGGGCAGAAUCGUGCUCAGAACAAUGGAUUUCUGCUCAGAAUUCAGUAUUGGCGCUUGGAAGAAGCAAUGCAGAAGCCAUGGCUUCAGUCAUAAGUGACGGAAACGAGGCGAGCAAUCAACUUCAUACAAGAUUUUCAUCUGCUGUCACUGCUGGAUUUGAAGAUAAUGAUGUUUCAUGCAAAUCUCUUCUUUGUUCUAUGGAAGAUUCAUUGAAGUUGGACCAUGGCAAUUACAAGAAUGUGAAUUCUAUGAUCAUCGCAUCAAGAGCGGAACUCCAACACUUGCAACGUGGGCACCAUGAGAAGAUUACAGAAAUCUCAGGGAAUGCCGACAGAUCUCUGGGAGAUGAUUAUAAGGUGGAUGAAGCGACUUGUUCAACACCGAGAAGGCGUGAGAUUAAUAUUCCCAGUAGGCAGUCAAUCGGGGAGUUGGUAACUCGUGUUGAAGAUGUUGUGAAGUCAUUCUGGGACAGCACAACACCGACGAAACUUGUUGGAAAUGGAAAUGGGAAGCAGCACCUAGCAGCUUCGACUCUGGAAACCCAGUCCCAGAGAGCUCCUCUGGCUACAAUUAAUUAACUAGGAGCAAGUAUUAUUAUUGUAUAGAGGAUACAUAUGUUUAGUGGAUGCUCAAGUGGUGGUCUGGGGGAUAAAAUCGUGCAUUGUUGGAAGAUGAAUACUGCACUAAAUCUUUUAGUUAGAUAGUUCGUAACUAGCCGAGUACCGGCGAUUGCGCGGCUAGCUAUCCCUAUAAUUUGUUGGAAUUUUCAUCGAGCAUAAUUGAUUAUUCUUUUUCAUUAUGAA